GGACCUGACCAAACUUUUCAGCUGGUUUCUCGUGCGCUUCCUCCCCUCCGCCUCUCCCGUUUGACCGCCCGUUGCCCCUCAUCACUUUUCCCCACCCAAACGAAAUAUACUCCUUCCUUUCUUCUAUAAAUAUAGUUUUUCCUUUUCCUUUCUCCAAUUUACUAAUUGAACGAAUUAAAUAGGCCAGUCCGUUCCUUUUUCUAGACGAACGGUCGUGUAGGGAGAGAGAGAGAGAGAGAGAGGUGGGCUGGGUAUAAAAGAGGAUAGGUGGUGAGAGCCGUGGUUGCCUCCGAAUCUGCUCGCUGUGGACUUGUUUAGAAGAGCACAAGUAACAGCAGCACCGUAAUGGCCGUGGAAGCACAGAACCGCUCAAGCGCCUUCGCUCCGGAUUACCGCGGCAGAGAUAGAGACUCCCUCUUCGUAAUUACUCCGAGUAACGCCCUCCUUGAAGCCCACGUCCGUCUCGGAGAGCAGCAGAAGAUCUUGAUUAAUGGAGCGGGGAUCAGCGACCCGGAGAGCGAGCUGACACGCAAUGCUUCUGGAUCGAGGAAGAGGAGUCGAGACGACGGCGAAGUCAUGGUUCUACCCCAGGCUGGCCACUGCAACAACCACCAGCAGCAGCAACAGAUGCGAUUUGCCACCGUGAUCAACCCAAACUAUGCCGGGUUGCAGCUGUUCUACGAGCAGAGCCGGCUGCAGGGGUCCGCCGGCACUUCCACCAGCGGCCGGCUGCCGGCCAUCCCCCCACUCGUACAGGACCUCGUCUCUCAUCUCGACCACCAGAGCCUCGAGAUCGACGCCCUCAUCGGAUUCCAGAGCGAGAAGUUUCGUUCGGGAUUGGAGGAGGCGCGGAAGAGGCAUUGCCGGGCUCUGAUGUCGAUCCUGGAGCAGAGGGCGGAGAAGAGGCUUAAAGAAAAGGAAGCGGAGUUAGAGAGCGUGAGCCGGAGGAACGCGGAGCUGGAGGAGAAGGCCAGGCAGGUCGAGGCGGAGAGCCAGAUCUGGUUCAACAUGGCCAAGAACAACGAGGCCAUCGCCGCCAGCCUGAGGACCACCCUGGAUCAAGUCCUCCUCCGGAACGCCGCCGGCUGCGGGGGUGGCCGGCCCAAGGAGGGAUACGGCGACAGCGAUGGCGCCCCGUUCCCGGCUGAUGAUGCCCAGUCGUGCUGCUUCGAGGACGAGGCGGCGGUAGCGGCGGCGGGGGGGAUCUUCUGCGGCGGCAGAGAGGAGCUCCGGUGGCGGAGAUCAUGCAAGGUGUGCGGGGAAAAGGAGGUAACUUUUGUGCUGCUCCCCUGCCGGCAUCUUUGCUUGUGCAAGGACUGCGAAUCGAUGACUGAUACGUGCCCCAUCUGCCAAGCAUGGAAGAAUGCCAGUUUCCAAAUAUUUAUGCCCUGACGACGUUCUUAAUUAGAUUUUCUUUUGCUUAGAAUUUUGGAAGGCACUUGGCGUUCUGUCAGACAACUGCUAAACUGGAACACAGAAUAGUCUUCUAAUGAUGCUAAGAAUCGUGCAGAGGUUCCUCUGUGUUAUUAUUUUGAUUGCCACCCGCAAGUUUUCUGAGAAGAAAAGAAGAAAAUUUUAUUAAAA